UGCGUCAGUCAUCGCUUCUGUACUGUGUUGUUUAGUUUAACAAGUUGUACGCUACACCAGUCUGUUUGCGUUCGAACAGAUGACCUGCGUUUAGUAGUGUUAAGCUGUUUGUACGGUGUAAACGUGCUCGUUUGCGUUAUCUUCUUCGAGAGUUCUGUAAUAUUUUUCAUAUUAAAUUUAAAUUUACGAAAAUAAUUCAAGUUCUCUUGUUCAGUUGUUUUUUUUUGUUGUUGAAAAUAAUAAUUCGUUUUUCAACAUUUUUUUUUUCAUAAUAACGUUACGUGAAUUUAUUUUUUUCACCGUUUAAUAUAUUCGAUGUUUUUUUCGUAAUUGGUUAAAGUUGUUUUUUUCCAAUUUUUCAAAGUUGAUUUUUAACGUAAUUUUUUCGAGUGUUAUGUUCGAUUUGCUAGUUUGAAAAUGGUGCCCCAACAAGGGAAUGAUCUGAGUCCAACUUCAAGUGGAAUACCACUUUUUGGAAGCCAACUCGUGGAUAAAAAUUCAUCGACGCCAUAUUCCGAUGCUACCCAGGUUGGUACCAAUUUCAUUUCAUAAAAUUAUAGGAAGAUGAAAUUAACAAAAAAGAACAAUCCAAACCACAUCAAAAGGCCGAUGAACGCGUUCAUGGUAUGGUCGCAAAUCGAACGUCGUAAAAUCUGCGAAAUGCAGCCGGACAUGCACAACGCGGAGAUCUCUAAACGUUUAGGACGUCGUUGGAAGCUGCUUUCGGAAGACGAACGUCAGCCAUUUAUCGAAGAAGCCGAACGUCUGCGUUUGAUGCACCUGCAAGAGUACCCAGAUUACAAAUACCGGCCACGAAAGAAAAGCCUGAAAGCGACCAAACCAACGAUCAGCAGACCGCGUAAACAGCUCGCUUUGAAGAAAUCCGCAGUCGUAGCCGCCGUCAAAAUGAUAAAAGAUACGAAUAAUAACCGUAACAGUGGCAUCAUCCAUCACGAUGGUAUUACCAUCGAUCUCGACGAGGUCGGCAGUACCACCGGAAUUGGUUCAGAAUUAUUGGUCAGCAGCGGAGGUGGUGGAGGCGGAUUGAAAACCAUGGGCGGAUCGUCGUCGAUGUCGACGGUUUCAUCGUCGUCUUCGGCGUGUUUGAGUAAAAAUAACGAUUCGACGAUGGUGAUCAGGAGUAACGGUAUCAUACAGAAGAGGACUUUGUCAUCCUCUGUAGACGUAGCAAAGUUCCCAUAUAAGUUUACGAUCGGCCCGCAAACGCGUAAAGAUCGCGAUCCUAUGCUAGACGGAAGGGUUUCGGUGCAGGCGAAAGUGCCAUCGAGUCCAUCUUGCGAAACGCCCGAUUCGCCGGAAAGCGCCACUUUCUACGAAGACACGAACAGCAGCAGCGGCUUGGGCGCUGGCACGUUGCUGGCUGACGACGUUUGCGAUAUAACCAACGCCAUUAUAAUACCAGUCAAAAAGGAAACCAUAUGCUUGAGUCCGUUGAUGACCAUUAAAUCGGACCCGGACGAUGAUCUCUGCUUGUCGAAAGACGACGAUACUUUCUUACGAGACUGUACCUUCAAGUCGGAACCGGACGAUUGCGAAUCCGAAUCGGCGGCCAUCGGACCGGUCGGCGAAAAUCCUAGUCUUGCCGAUUUAGACUCUCUUACCGAUCUCUUGCAAAUUCCUAACGAUUUCAAAAUGGAACUAGAAGUAGUCGACGAACUGCCGGCCGGACUGGGCGGCAAUGCUAACGGAGCCACGCAUCUCGAAUUCAAUUGUAACGAAGAGAUGACCGAGAUGCUCUCUGAUAUCGGAGUCACCAACGACUGGGUCGAUUAUACCUUCGCAAAUCUUAUGAACACGUCUUAAUUUUGUACGAUAACUCGUAUAUUUACCUAUCCCCCGGCCACAGAGCACCCCGAUGAAGCCGAAGCCGAACCAUCAACCCAGGUCGUCGGCAAAAUUCGUAUUUUUAAAAGGAAAAAAAAUUUUCUCUUAAUUUCUAAUUAUUAUAAUAUCGUUUUAUACGAUCGCAUACUGUGGCUUUUCGAUAAUUUGAUGUGUUUUUCUUUCUUUCUUUUUUCAUUUGUUUGUCUCGUUUUUAUUUUUAUUUUUUUGUCUUGAUUUUAUUUUUAUAUCUGUUUUUAUUUCUUUUUCUUCUUCUUCUUCGAGAUUCUGUUUUUCUUUUUUAUUUCUUAUAUAAUAUUUUGUUCGCUCGUACUUUGGAAAUCCUCAACAAGGAUUGGCAAGAUGGGCGGACGAAAGCUUGUAUAUAUAUAAUUUGCUAUUUCUUUCGUGAAAUUUUCUUCUUUUUUUUUUUAAUUUUUGCACCUUUUCACUUUCUAUAUUUUUUUUUCUCUUUAAAAAAAAAAUUACGUUUUUAAUUCUAAGUUAUUAUUAGUACGAUAUUCUUAAUACCAAUAUGUUUACGAUAUUUUUAUUCCCCCCUUUUUUCUCUCUCUCUCUUAUCUUUCUCCUUUAAUACCGAAACAUGUUUUUAUAUAUUUUAAUGUUAUUUUUAUUAUUUUUACUACCCUUUCCCACGUUGCGUUACGAGCUAAGUCAAAUAUAUGUUCAGUGUACGCGGGCUCUAGUCAAAAAAUCAGGAUUCUGUAUGUUAUAAGAAUUUUUUAAAAUUAUUUUCUUACGAUUUUUUUUUCUCUGUUAAACAUUUUAAGUCGAGUUUUAUUUUUCUGUAUAAGACUUAAACUUUCGCGUUGGUUAUUUUUCUCUGUCAGAUUUUUUAAUUUUUUUUGGAAGGUAAAACGAAACACAAAAAAUAACUCGUCGUAUCGUUAAUUUAAAAAAAAAAAAAUAGUACAUCAACCAUGUGUGAAGCAAAUGCGCAUGCGCGGUUGCCAAAUUGAAAAUUCCUAUCUCACGAAGAAGGGUAUAAUUAUACACGCAUACGCAUCUCCGCCAUGCCAAUAUCACUGUCUGAGUAAUGGUGAAGGUUACCCCUGCGUUUUUCCUCGGCCUCGGUCCCCCACACACUGUUUUAAAAAUUCAUUCUGGGACUACUAAUGUAAAAUGAAGAAGCACGAAGGAAAAAAAAUUAAAGAAAAAAAUUUCUUGGAAAAUGAAAAAAAAAAGUAGUCGGCGAUGCGACGUCCACGUCCGUUUACGUUUAUGAAUCAUUAAAAUUAUGUUUGUUUAGUGAACGGGGGAGGGUUAGGGGAUGGGUACGGUCUCAAUACGCGUAUUUUUUUUCGGUAAUUGCGCGUAAAAUUGCGUUUUUUUUUCUUCUUUUAAGAGGUGAAGUGAGGACGUUUGCCUGGUCAGUGUUCGUUACGCGAUGACCGUGAUCUUGAGUUUUGUUUCAAAUGUCAACGUGUGUACUGUGUGUAGAUGUCGAAGUGGGUCGAAAAUAGAAAUAUCGUGUAUUUUGAAGGACUGUAAGGAGCGAUGUGCUAGGUAAUUACAAUUGUACUCGAACGUUUAGAUUUGGUAACAUCGGGAAGGGGAGCGAAGGGAGGGUUUAUGAUGUGGAAGAAUUUAAAUUUGUACUCCAAGUAUUCGAAAUUUUUUAUUACAAAUAUGUAAAUUGAAAAUCGACUAUCAAUUGCAUCUUGAAAUAUUAAUUUUCAAAAUUCUGUAAAGAAAAAAGGUACAAUUUACAUUUUGUAAUUAUUUAGUAUGGAAAAUCUUACGAAAUUUUGAAUUUUUCCCCUCGCCCCCUCUCUGGCCUCUUAGUUUUGGUUUUUUGGCAACAAUGCAUCGUAAAUUAAAUUUUCAUGUACUGAGCAGAAAAAAAUAGAUCAUAAAAUGUAAUAUUUUAGUACGUUGAGGAUAGGUCGAUUUUAAACAUUUUCUCUCCUCUCAUCCCCCCUCACAAAAAUUCCAACCUAAAAAAAUCAUCGAACGGAAAAAAUCGUCUGAGAUUAUUAUUGGAAGAUUUUUUGAACUUCCUUUCUAAUCUCAGACAAAAAUAUCGGUUAGUUUUGUCCCCUUUCGUCCCUCCCCCCUCCAUUUCCAAUCCACAGAUGAUACAAUCAAUUUUAUAAUUCGAGUCGCGUUCGGUAAAAAAGGUUCUGUGUGAAUUUUACCCAAGUGCAAUGAUAAAAGAUGGCUGCUUACUUUCGUUGCCUCUUGAAAUAGGUAUUGUAUUUUUGGGUAAAAUUCACACUAAACGUUUUAUGUUGUUCUAAAAAUUAAAAAAAUUGGAUUUCAAAUCAGAAUGGAAUAAUGAAAAAAAAUUACGUAAAGUUAUCAGUCUUUGAAAAAAUUCUUUUUGGAACCUUUGUUUUUGUUUCAUAAUUUUUACUUGUUAUUUCACUCUCUUAAAUCACUUAUACGUAUAUGUGUCAUUGGUAUUUUUUAUAGAAAAUUUCGAUUUGAGAUUCUUGGGAAGAGGAAGAGAGAAAAUUGAGUUUUCAAUUUUGAAAAAAAUCAGGGUUUCCGGUUUGAAAUUUUUCUGGACAAGAGCACUCUGUUACAAUAAUUUAAAAAUGGUCAAUUCCAACGUUUUUUUCACCCCCUUCUCCACCUCCAUCUCCACCUACUCUUCUUUUUCAGAGAGGACUUUGUCGAUUAAAUUUUCGAUGUUGAAAACAUCUUGCUUUUUGAUUUCAAAAUUUUAUUCAACUUUUUGUUCUAAUAAUUUGAAAAUGGUCAUUUUUAUUGGCCUUUUUCUGCUUCCACCCCCCUCUUUCCCCUCCUCUCCAGUAUUCGGAAUUGAUUUCAUAGUCUAAAAAAAAAUCCAUCAAAAUGAUUUGUGGCAGUUGUCAGUUGCAAAAAAAAAAAAAAAAAAAAAAAUGCUCAUCUAUCGAGUCGCCCAAAAUUUCAAGAUUUUGAACUUAUUUUAUUCCUUCCCCCUCCAAAGAUUUCGAUUUCAAGCCAAAAAUUCUCAAUUCUGGAAUACAUUUUUUUAAAGUCUAAAACGAGUAGGUAUUGUGAAAUAUUGGACAAUUUUUGAGUUAUUUUUCGUUCUUUGUCUGUGAAAGGGAGAGAAUGAGAGAUUAAAAUUUUUGAUUUCGAAAAAUUUCACUUUUAUGCCCAAUUUAUCGACCCUCUCCUCCUCCCCCUCCUCUCCUAUUUACCAUCGAAAUAAUUAUCUCGUACAAAUUUCACUCAACAAUUUGAAUCCGAAUUUCAAAAUUUCGAAUUUAUUUACCCCCCCCCCCCCUCCCUCUUCUCCCCUUCCCACCCCACUUCGAUUUCAAGCCAAAUUCUCGAAUAUCUUUUCUGAAAUCAAAAACGAGUAAGAAUGUGAAAUAUUGGGCAUUUUCUUAGUAAUUUUUUCUCAUUGUUUGUGGACAGGUUGUGGGAGGGGAAGGGGGAAUGAGACAUUGAAUUUUUUGAUUUCGAAAAAAUUCUGCUUCUUGGUUUUGAGACGUCAUUGGGCAUUCUGUUAUGAUAUUUUGAAAAUGUGCAAUUUUAUCGACUCUUCUCUCUCCAUUCCUCUCCCCUCCCCUCCGCUUACCUUCAAUAUCUCUCAAAAAAUUUGUAAUGUAAAAUUUUUUUUGAAAAGUUUCCUUACAAAAAAAAAAUAUUCGACAGAAUUUCCCCAGAAUUUCGAGAUUUUCGAAUUUACUCACCUCCUCCCCCCUUACCCACUGUAAAUUUCAAUUUUAGCCCAAAAUUUCGGAUGAUUUUGUCAAAAUUCGAAACUAUUACUAUGAAAUGCUGUAAUUUAACAUUGAAAAUAUUCAUUCAAAUCGAUUUUGUCUUCCACCAUUGCCUCUUUCGACCGAUAAAAUUCUUUUUAAAAAAGUCUGAUGUCACCAUUUUUUGCGAAUUUUUACCUAUUUAUCUAAAGUUUUAAAAGACAUGGGUCGUCUUGUCAUCCAAAAUAUUCGUCAUGUUGGCUGACCAAACGACCUGAGACUGCGAGUUCAUCUCAUGUAUGCACCAUACUGUCGUAUACCUUGUAUUUUCAAACGAACUACUUCAGUGGGAGCGUUUUCUAUCAUCUCGACCAUCCCGCAGCUCACAAUCCAACAACAACAGCACUAAAACUCAGUAUAUAAUAUGAUCUUUUGUGUCCCUAAUACCUAACCUAAGACGUAUAGUAAAAGUAUACAUAACAUAGUAUAUUCUCUGGGUUCAGAGUCACAGGGAAGGGGGUUUAGGGGAGAGAUUCGAUCGUUUAUCAAAAUUUACCUGCUCACCUCGACCGGUCGUCUGUAUUAAUCAGUCUUGUCAGCUAAAAAGAUAACUCGUUUUCGACUAUAGUACAACAAUAAGGAUGCAUAGCUGCAUAAGCAAGUAGGUCAAUGCGGCGGUGGUGGCUGUGAAGACCAAGACUGCAUUGACCGUGUUCGAUUUGACCAGCAGAUUAUAUUAUCUCUAUGUACAUACUUAUACGUACAGUAGGUACAUUACAUACCUAGAUGUACUUACUUAUGUGUAUGGAUUUUUUUAUUUUUUUUGGUACAAGGCAUUAGAUAAUUGCGGUGUGGUCUUAGAUAGGUCUGUCUUAUGUGUAUUUGUGAAAUGCAUUAUUACGAGGAGUAUUUUUACUUUUUUUUAGGGAUAAAAAAACUGUCAUUUUGGGAUCAAAUGUUGAGAAAUUGAAACACGUCUCUGUUUGGAGGGGAUGUGGAAGGGGGGGGGGGUUGUGAUCGUUGUUCCUUACUUCUGAAGAUUGAAUCGGGAGAGUUCGAUUUUACAUAUUAUUAGGAUCACGAGAAAAUGAGUAUGGGGGGGGGGGUGAGUGGAAUUUUUUGAAUCUGCAGAAAAUCUACGCAUCUUGAGGAAUUUUCCACUGGUAAAAAUUGUCGAUGGAGGGGGGGGAGGGGGAGGAUUGGUCGAUACUUUUCGUCUAAAUUAACGCAAUCACGUCCCACGUAGGUAGGUAGAGGUACGUAUUGGCGUACAUUCGUAUUUCCUGAAAUACUUAAUCAACGUUUUGAUAAACCGACGACGAAUUAAUUUAUUGGUCGAGUUAUGCGUGUGUGUGUGUGGGGAACCUUGAUCGUAAUUGUACGAAAGAGAGAAAAAAAAAUUGAUAACAGAGCUGUUAAUGGGCACGCGGUCGAGAAUAUUCGCCUAACUCGACAUAUCUCUGGUUGCGGUGGCGCGUUCUUGCGAUAUAAUUAGAGUUCUCUUCGUUUAUAUACGAUAGGUACCUACCUAUCUACCUGAAUACCUACCUUAAUUCGAAUAAUAUCGCGGCAAUAUGACGCAAUAUGAAAAUAAAUUUCUUCGACGAUACGACGACAACGAUGUUGGUUUCAUUUAGGUAAAAAAAAAAAAUUGGUCAAUAAAAAACUUGAAAAUUAUCAAAAUAGAAUUUGAAAAAAAUGAUACCUUUACCUUAUACAAUAUUCUGGUUUAUAUAAAACGCGUCCAGCUGAACGCUAUACGCUAGUCAGAUCAUUAUGUAUUUAGUUGCAUUACGAAUGGAAAUUAUUAUAUUGUAUAUAUUUUUUCUAUCGAAAUUGCCGAAUAUACGUUCGUGUAGAUAUUUAUAUAGGAGAAGGAAGACGUGUUUUGUUACCUGUUUUCGUGUACUUUUUUUUUCUCUUACUUUAAUUUAAUUUUCCUUUUUUUUUUUUUUCAUUAUUUUUAUCGUAUUAAUAAUAAUUUUUACAUCGCAGAAUUUUUUUUCUCUUUAAACGACGCUUUUAACUUUUUCUUUUUUUUUACAAGCAUUCCAAAAUAUAAGUUCGAAAUUUUUUAAAUCAAAUUUGAUUUUAUGGGAUUUAUUUUUUAUUUUUUGUUUCAUUAUACCAAUAGUUUUAAAAAAAGUAGUUUUAUAUUUCAGUUUGAUCGUGGUAGUAAUCGCUUCGAAUAGUAUUUAUUUUACCAUAAAAGCAAAAAAAAAAAAUUUAUCGUAAGUUCGGCCUGUCGUUCGAACGAUGCGUAUACGAGAAAGGAGGAAAACGUCGUUGGGCAAAAUUUUAGGCGUUAUGCCAAGGCUAAAAUAAUGUGACGAAUACGCAUCGUACGAGCGACCAGGCCUGUAUUAAAAUUAGGAGUUAAAUUCACAUUAGUGUACCAGGUCGCAUUUAAUUUACCUAACUAUAUGUUUUAAGAGAUGAAUUUCACUAUGAAAUUACAUGUACCUGUUAAAUACACACGUUACUGUUUUUUUUCUUCCCCUCCCCCUCCCUUAGUGUAUCUAGUUGUUAAAAUUUUCAUUGUGUAGUUUUAUUAAUGGUCCUGUUUCUAGGUUUAUACGUUUCGAAAACGUUUUUUUUUUUUUUAUUUUUGGAAUUGAAAUUGAAAAAAGAGCUAAAAAAAAAAUAAAAAAUUGGUUAAGUUGAGCGAAUUCGGCUCGAUUGGUUUUCUUUUACCAGUGAACAGUUUAGGUAUCACUUAAAAGAGUCAGAGAGCCAUGUGUUUUGUUAUAUGUGCGUAUCUCUCUGUCUCUCUCACUGUUGUGGGUCUCUCUGACUUAUCUAAAUGAGUAAUUUACUAGAGUGGAUGUACUUAUUUAAGCAUUUCUGUGUUAUUUAACGAUUUUAAUGAUCUCUCGCGCUAAUUUAUUGUUUAGUACUGUGAAAUUACUAUAUUCUACAUGUACUAAGUGUGUGUAUUACUUUGACGUAGCCGAAUUCGCCAUCAUCAGGGCAUCGAGUCGUUAUACUUUAAUGUGUACAGCAUUGAAAAGUUUUUCUUUUACUUUUUGUUUUGUAUAAAAAAAAAAAAAAAUGCUUGUAUAGAUGUUGUGUGAAAAGUAUUGUAGAUUUUUUUGUCCCUUUUUUCUUGAUGCGAGGAAAGAAAAACUGCGGCAGUUUGCGGUGGUAUUUUGUUUUCGCGAAUCGAUUUAAUGUGCCAUUAACUGCUUGACGAGCGCGAACCCGAUCCGACGAAUGUGUAAAAGUUUUUCUUUCCUCGACUUGGAUUUUUUUUCUACCCUUCUCUGUCUCCCCCUUCUUAUUUUUUUUUUAUUAUGUGUGUUUUCCUCUUUAUCUUUCUGUCUGUCUCUCUCUCUGUUUUUUCUUUUAUUCUGUCUUAAUACGAGUUAUUUUUAUAUAAGUCCCGAUACCUUUCGUAUGUUAUUGCUUUGUUAUGUAUAUUUUUUUUGUAUUUAAUUUUUUUUUCUCUUUUGGGUUUUAAGUUUCGAUGUAGGCUUUUUUGUCUAUCUACCAUUUCUCUUUUCUUUUUUUUUUUUCAUCUUUAUAUACGAGUACCUAUAAUUAUUCUUUUAGAAUUUUUACACGCUAUGUAGUGUUAUAUUAUAACAUAGAAUAUAACUCUUUCAUUUCAAUGUGUUUUUAUUAUUUUUGCGUCAAAGAAAUAAUAUGUUGAAAAAUU